AAUGCUCCCCCUCUUCCAAACUGUAGCCCUUCUUCCAUUCACCAAAACCUGUGGGGAUGCUUGGAGUGGACAGCAGGGAUCAGUGCUCAGAGGGGAAGCAGAUUUCCCAGCUGCUCCUCAUGGGACCCCUGUAUUUAUUAAUUUAUUUCCCUGACUGUUGCCUCACUUUCUUGGAACUCCUGUCUCCACAGCCCUUCAAGUGGCUCAUGCAGGGGUAGGUCUUGGGUGUCUUCGUCAUCUUGGUGCUGUGAGGAGUAGGAGGGCAGCAUGCCCCAUCUAGGGGAGAAGCUAGCCCUCUCUUCUUAGAAGCCAUUUGAAAUUACUGCAGGGAUCAGCUCCCUGGAGUGGAGCACACACAGGGUAUUCAGUGGGGUAGAGGUGAGAGGUGAUCUGGUAUCCAUGCCCUUUAGCCAACAGCGGAGCUUUACCUCUACCUCCACUUCCCCUCCCACACCAGCUGCACUGCCCUGGCUGCCAGAGCAGGGGUUAUCUGUUUCCCCCACUUCUUGGCAGUUCAGAAAGGCAGAGCCCUCUGGCCCUCCAGGGCACUCCCAGCCAUCAGGAGGCUUGAGUUGGUAUCAAGGCCUGAGCCCCCACAUUCCACUCCCAUUCCCCCUCCAAGAGGGCCCUAGCAUUGUCUCUUCCUGUGCCCCCCUCUCUCUCCUGGCCGGAACUUGUGGAGCCAGCUGUGGGACAUUGCUGCAGGACAGUAAAGCCCUCUGCUGGGCAUACAUGAAGCCCUGGCCUCCUUUCCUCAGCUCCUUGACCUUCCCUGUCCUCCAGCCCUGGUCCCCAGCAGGUUGCUGGAGGCCACCUUCUCCCUGCAUCCUGAGUGAUGCCUAGUCAGAAGCCUGUGUUGGAACUUCCCUCAUGGUUUACAGGGCGCUAGCCCACCUUCUAAGGACCUUGGUCACAGAUGAAAUAUAUAUAGAUGCACGCGCACACGCGCGCGCACACACACACACACGUACGUACCUACAUUGAUGCUGGCUGAUGUGUGCCUGGUUUCCUCUCAUGGCCUGCCCUAGCUUUACCACCUUGCUACUAUCAAAGAACGUGAAAGGGGAUGGAACACACUAAACCUGAAUUCUGGAUUCUUGGUGUCUGCAGCCUAGCGGAGAUGGCCCAUAGUUUAUCUGGUUUGAGUAGAAGGAGCCUCCUCAGAGGCAGUGCUGGACACCCAGGGGUGCUCUGGAUACUGGAGGUUGAAGAGAGGGAGGUGCAUGGGACUGCAGCAGGGGUCAAGAGACACACUGGAGAGGUGGUAGGUGGGACAGGUAAGUGGUAGAGGUAAGGAGAUAGAUGAUAAUUAGAAGGGCAGUUUUAGAGGUGAGGAGAUAGGGCACAGUGGGCAAGUAGAGUAGGACCAAGUAGUGAAGCGAAGAGUUGGGGUAAAGAAUAUGUGUCUCUGGGCCCCACUGCUUCCCUCUGUCUCAGGUAAGUCAGGGCAGCUCUGCCACAGCUCUAGGCCACUAAAGCCCAUCUUCCCAUGGACAGGCCUUUGGGCCCUGCUGGCUUUACUGGUGGAGGCUUAGAAAGAAAUUGGAUUCUGAAGGGUGCCAGCUCUGUUGCAUCAGUCUGAAUGCACCUGAACAGAUGAAACUUAUUUCACCCUCACUUUCUCUGUUAUCACCACCUGCGUCACCAAGCCGCAAAGAAUCCUGGCCCAGGAACUCUCACAGCUGAGGGUGGAUACCCGGCAGGGCUGCAGCUGCCCGGGUCAGAUUAGAAAUCCACUCACAGGGUACGCCUAACCAGCACACCAGCCACAGUCCACCCUAAAUGAGCUCAGGCCUGGCCCUCUGGGUUCUUCACCAUCCUCAGCUAGUCUGUCCCUCAUAGAAGGAGCUACACUCCUGCCAAGGUUUGUGAGAAGGUGGCCGCCCUUUCCCUACCCCAAGCCCAGCGUGGGGGAGGUCUUGCGCCCGUCCCCUUCUGCAUGUCUGAGGCCACCGGCAACUGCCGCCCCCGUUGAGAUUUGCCCUGACCCAGUUUUGAAAGACCCUUAUUUAUAACUUUUAUACUUUGUCCAGGCCUUGGCCCUUCCCUCCUCCCCAGGUCUCAUGGGGCAGAGGCUGUUUUUUUUUAACAUGUUCGUUUGUAUUGAUGUAUGAACUCGUCAAUAAACACAAUCAUUUGCUAAUUCUGGGAUGCCCUGGAGUGAGCAGGCGAGAGAAGGCACGGUUUCGAGCUCGCCGCUUGGAUUCAGAAUCUGUCGUCAUGUCGGGGCGGGGGAGGAGGCUGCUAAAGUCAGCGGUAGGAGGAGCACAAGGUGUAGGGGAGGGCUGGGAGCCUGGCGGGCUGCAGGACCGAGCCCUGGAGCGAGGCUGCGGGGAGGGCGGGGCUUCGGGGCCGGGGCGGGGUCUCAAGGAGGGAGGGGCGGGGCCUCGGGGCGGCGGCAUCAUGGCGGAGGCGGCUUUGGACGCCGUGCGGAGAGAGUUACGAGAGUUCCCUGCAGCGGCAAGGGAGCUCAGUGUGCCUCUUGCUGUGCCCUACCUGGAUGAGCCCCCCAGUCCACUCCACUUCUACCGUGACUGGGUCUGCCCCAACAGGCCCUGCAUCAUCCGAAAUGCCCUGCAGCAUUGGCCGGCCCUCCACAAGUGGUCCCUUUCCUAUCUCAGAGCCACAGUGGGCUCCACGGAGGUAAGCGUGGCAGUGACCCCGGAUGGUUACGCGGAUGCCGUGCAAGGGGACCGCUUUGUGAUGCCUGCCGAGCGCCGCCUGCCCCUCAGCUGCGUGCUGGAUGUGAUGGAGGGCCGAGCCCAGCACCCCGGAGUCCUCUACGUGCAGAAGCAGUGCUCCAACCUGCCCACCGAGCUUCCUCAGCUGCUGCCUGAUCUGGAGCCCCAUGUGCCCUGGGCCUCUGAGGCACUGGGAAAGAUGCCUGAUGCCGUGAACUUCUGGCUGGGGGAGGCAUCUGCUGUAACAUCGUUGCACAAGGACCACUAUGAGAACCUCUACUGUGUCAUCUCAGGAGAGAAACACUUCCUGCUGCAUCCUCCCAGCGACCGGCCUUUCAUCCCCUAUGAACAAGUGGCAAGCUCCAGGCCCUUUGAGGGUCCCCACACCUUUCUUCCUCUGGCUUCAGAGCUGUACAUACCGGCAACCUACCAGCUAACUGAAGAGGGCUCCUUCAAGGUGGUGGAUGAAGAGGCUAUGGAGAAGGUGCCAUGGAUCCCACUGGACCCCUUGGCUCCAGAUCUGGCCCGGUACCCCAGUUACAGUCAGGCCCAGGCCCUUCGCUGCACAGUGCAAGCUGGGGAGAUGCUCUACUUGCCUGCCUUGUGGUUCCACCACGUCCAGCAGUCCCAUGGCUGCAUUGCUGUGAAUUUUUGGUAUGACAUGGAGUAUGACCUCAAGUACAGUUACUUCCAGCUGCUGGACUCCCUCACUAAAGCCUCAGGCCUCAACUGACAAAGCCCUGGUGAACGUCACCAAGACAACUCGUGGAAAAGGUCGUGCCUGUCCCACGCUGGGUCAACUCUAGAGGCAACUUGGAGUCAGAGGUGCUGGCUGCUGGCCCUGCUGGGCUUAGGGUCAGCUUUGGAGGCUGGGGAGGCGGUCUGGAGGACCAGGAGGUGCCAGGCAGGUCUGGGCUCCCUGGGAGUUGGCGCAUGGGUCAGCAGCCUGUGCUGGAGGGGGAACGGGGCUCCAGGUGCAGCCUCGUCUCGCGCCAGCGCCAUGACCUUGGGCGAGUUACUGCUUCAGAGCACUGGUGUCCUGUCUGUAAAAUGGAGAUAAUGACGGUUCCUACCUCACGGGUGUUGAAGAUGAUAUCUGUAAGGAUGACACAGGUCUGGCACAGGGGAGGUAUUCAAUAAAAGGCAGCUGUGAUUCA